AUGUCCCAGUUACAGGAGGCAAAGUCCAAGGCCCUGCAAGCUGGGAAAGAUGUCCUAACCGCAACCACUCAUAGUGAGGCUUUAGACGCCGCGAUCAAGGCAGCUGAGCAUUAUAUGCAUGCUCUUAAGCUAGCUACAGACUCCAAGGAAAAAGCAUCACUCGAUGCCAAUUGCAAGAAGUAUAUUGCGUUUGCUGAACAAAUUAAAUUUUCCGGGGGAGGCAGUCGAGGACAGGCCAAUGCUCCGCAGAAAAGGGAGCCGGUCUCGACACGCACACUCUCUAAUCGCGAACAGAUUAUAUUGCUGGAAAACUCGAAGCUGAACGGUUGUGUAUUCCCCCCUUGGUCAGCACAACCUGACCCGGAAGAGUUUGAGCUUGAUGAAGAGGGUGAGCCUUUUACGGACUGCACUGAGCUUAACCUUUCCAAAUCGCAGCGGGAGAUAUUCAAUGGCUGGAAACGGCCCUUUGAACUUGGUUUACAGAGCCUUGAGGGCGACCGAAACCUGACUAUGGUCAGCGAGAAGCCAAUGGACCUGGUUCAAGAUGUGACAACAGAUUGCUCCGUUGUUGCAAGUCUAUGCGCUGGAGAUUCUCGAGACGCCCGCGGCUAUUCUCAGUUGGUUUCGACUGUGAAAAUGUAUCCUCGUAACUUGGAUACAUACCUACCCCAAAUAUCACCCUCCGGCAAGUACGUAUUUCGUAUGCACUUUAAUGGAUGUUAUCGAAAGGUGGUCAUCGACGACCGCCUGCCGUCGUCAAAAUCAUCUAGGUCUCUUUACGUUAUUGACAGGAACAGCCCUACGUUAAUUUGGCCAGCGCUGGUCGAAAAGGCCUAUCUAAAAGUGAGAGGCGGCUAUAACUUCCCAGGUAGCAAUUCCGGGACAGAUAUGUGGAUUCUUACUGGGUGGAUACCUGAACAGAUCUUCCUACAUCACGAUGGAAUAACCUCUAACCAGCUCUGGGAUCGGCUGUACAACUCAUUCCACGCAGCCGAUGUACUAUUGACGAUUGGUACCGGGAAACUGACAAUGAGAGAAGAGAGAGAACUUGGCCUGAUUGGCCUCCAUGAUUAUGCCAUUUUAGACAUGAAAGACAGAGACGGGAAACGGCAAUUGUUAAUCAAGAAUCCCUGGGCGGGAGGCGCUGUAUGGACAGGUAUCAGCGGGACCUCUGCUAUCUCCGCAUUGCAGGAAAUGGAGUCUGAGUUCGGGCCCCCUCAGCGAUCUCCACUCUCCCCUGGAACGUUCUGGAUGGAUUGUGAUGAAAUGCUUCAAAACUUUGAAAACCUUUAUCUCAACUGGAACCCAUGCCUUUUCAAGUAUCGGCAAGAUAUCCACUUUGGAUGGAACCUGUCAACUGUAUCCUCAGUUGCUGGAUGUUUCACAGAGAAUCCACAAUUCGCGGUGACAAGCAAAUCUGGCGGUAAAGUAUGGCUCUUAUUGAGCAAACAUUUUAAGACCGGAGAGUCUUCGCAAGCCGUUAAUCAACUUUUAGAUUCGGAAGUUGAUGAACCCGGUUUUAUUAGCAUGUACUUGUUUGAUAAACACGGGCAAAGAGUAUAUCUGAGUGAUGGUGCCAUUCAACGAAGCCCAUAUGUUGAUUCUCCAAACACUUUGCUACGUCUGGAGAUGCCUGCAAAUACCACAUAUACUGCUGUCGUUGCGGAACAGUCACUUCACCGUUCAAAUCACAGCUUCUCUCUCUCCGGGUUCUCUAUAUCGCCCUUGAGCAUCGCACCUGCCACAGAGAAGUACGCACAUGUGAGGAGGUUUCAAGCAGCGUGGACAUUGUCUACAGCAGGGGGCAAUGCUGAAUCUGAAAGGUACCCCUCAAAUCCUCAAUUCAAACUGAAAAUAGUGGAAGACUGUGAUGUUGCCGUUUUGCUGGAGACGGAAAAUACUGAACUAGCGACCCAUGUGAAAAUUUUCUGGUCGAAUGGUGAAAGGGUAUCCGAAGUUCGCUCGCGGGAUAUUGUGUGCGAUAGUGGUGACUAUCGCCGCGGGUUUGCAUUGGCUGAAGGGGACGCAAUGAUUAAAGGAACGUAUACACUCGUUUGCUCAACAUUUGCACCCGACCAGUUGGGUAAAUUCACCCUCCGGGUCUCGUCGACUCAGCCAUGCGAAGUGAAACCGUUACCAAGAGAAGGAGCAGGGCGUCUGGUCAUGAGUACUGGCCUUGGGACUUUCUCCCCCGGAACCGAUCGGAUUCUCACUCCGAUCACUGCAUUGCGGCUUUCUCGGCUCAAGCUGAUCGCUCGGCGCAAGGGCUCAUGGAUUGGGAAUCGAGUGGUAGCGCCGUCUCCUAUCCUCAUGACGCUUGAACUAGGGCAGGGACCAUACAAAGAGAUUCUCGCCGCCUCGGGUGGUGGAGACUUUAGUGAUACGAAUACCGGGGCUCGGAUUGAAAGAGUUGAUUUACACCCAGAUAUGGGAGAUAACGGGGGUAUCUGGCUGGUUGUAGAACGCGUUGGAGGACCGGGAGGACAGGUAACGGAUCAUAUUGAAGUAGAAAUCCUAUCAGAGGAACGGGUUGAAGUCGGUGCUUGGGGCGUUGGGGAUGGCUGA